GCAUGGCGUAUGGGCAUGCGGUGGCCCUCGUCUUUCAGGUGGCAACACAGAUGACUUGCAAAGCCUAUGUCGCAAGAAUGGACUUUCCCCAGCACACGGCGACCAUCUGCGAGAAUGUCAACAAGCUCAUGAAGGUCAUGCAGAUGUGGUCCAGUCUCAACCGGCAGAGCAAUGCAAGUUGGAGCAAACCCUUGCAGAACGCAAUGGACACCAGCCUGCCUGA